AGAAAAAUAUUAAAAAUGGAUAGUCAUAUAUAAUUAAAGAAAUAAAAGUUUUUUAAUAAAACAAUGAGGAUUUUUUGUGUUUAAAAUUAAAUAGCGAAAACAUUAAAAGAAAAGAAAAAAAUUAUUUUUUUUGUUGAUUCUUUCUUUUUCAUAUAAAGAAAAAAAAAUUGAGAGGGAGCAAAGGAAAAAGAACAGAAAUUCCAAAUUGCAAGAAAAUGAUGUGAGACUUCAGACAAAAGAGAGGUAAUCAAAUGGGAAAAGUGAACAGCAAACUACCACCUUCAGAAUUACGCGAUUUAUUACUACGGACACAUUUUACCGAACAAGAAUUAAAGGAUUGGUAUAAUGGAUUUAAACGAGAUUGUCCUGAUGGUAGAUUAACACUAGAGCAGUUCACAAAUAUAUAUAGUGAAUUUUACGGAACAAGUGAAGCAAAAAGAUUUGCCGAGCAUCUAUUUCGUACAUUUGAUGUGAAUCAAGACAACAGAAUUGAUUUUCGAGAAUUCAUUUGUUCUCUGUCGAUAACAACACGAGGCACAUUUGAAGAAAAAUUAAGAUGGGCGUUUGACGUAUACGAUAUAGACGGUAACGGAGCUAUAACUAAAAAUGAAGUCUUGUGUAUAGUAAAGUCUAUUAAUAAAAUGAUGGGUUACAUUAACGAUAGAAAUGCGAGUGAGGAAAAAAUAUUAACAAUUUUUCGUGAGUUUGACACUAACCACGACCAGAUGUUGUCAUUGGAGGAAUUUAUAAAUGGCGCGAAACAGGAUCAAACGUUCGUGCAGAUGUUGCAAUGUAACGAUUAGCAGAAAUUGUUGUUGGUCGAAUUUUUAAAUUGAAUUAGUUAUUUUUUUGAGAAAUAUUCGUUUAAAAGAUAUGUUCAUGGAGACGAGGUUUACGACCCGUGACUGAUUCAUUUCAUGUGACGCGCCCGCGACAUGAAUAUAGUGUAAAGUGUUUUAAGAUGUAAAUAGAAGUAUAUGUAAAAUUUAUUUAGGGAGAUAAAUUUUGGGUAACAAAA